UUGAUUUCAGGGCAUGAUGAGUGUUCUAUUACACAAUCCUCAAAAUUUAUUACUUCGUGGUCAAGACAAUUUCUCAAAAACCAGACUGACUAAGGGGCUGGGUUUGGGAUAUUCAGGUUUAGCAUUUCGAUCUAGGGGAGCAUUGUCUGCUCAAACCCAACUGUCCAUCAAGUUGCAUGGAAGAAAUCCACUAGAACAGCUGGUUUCUGUUCGUGUAGCUCCUGAUAAUGCAGAAGGCAACAGCUCAGAUGAUGAAAGCACAGACAAUGAGGAAAAUGCCCUGAAUAAUAGUCAGGAUAUAUCAGGUGGUUUAUCACGUGAGGACUUGGAAAGGAUUGUUGGAAAAGAUGAAGCCACAUUUAGUGGAGUAGAUCUUGCAAGACUUAUAAGGAAUAAAUAUGGAAGAUCUUAUGAUGUUCAACUUAUAAAGAAGGAAUUCAUGGGGAGAAACCUACUUGCGAUGAAUGUCAUGUGGAAGUACAUGGAGCAGCGAUCCUUUCCAUUAACUGAAGAGGAGUACAUACUGAGGCUUGAUGAUAUAGCAAAUACAUUAAAAUGUUGGGGCGCUGUCUCACAUAUCCGAAAUAGUCUUGCAAAAUUGAAAGAGCGACCACGAAUAGGAAAAGUAUUUAUUUCUUUUGAUGUUUUAUUUCUGUAUUUUUUAGUGAACUAGACUUCUGUAGCUUGAUUUCAGUAAAAUAGCCGUCUCCAUCACAUCGUGUUCU